AUGUCAGACAAUCAUGGUCGGGGCCGGACCCGGGGCGACCGAGGCGGAUCCAGAGGUCGUGGCGGAGAUCGUGGUCGGGGCAGAGGGCGGGGUGGAGGUGGUGCAGGCCCUGGGGAUAGCAGUGACAUGCAGCUCCCAUAUCGCCCCGCGCGAGGCCGUGGCAACGAUCGCGGCCAAGGUUUCGAUCGCGGCCGUGGUGCCGGCGAUUUCCGGGGAAGGGGUCGUGGUAAUGGUGGAUUCCGCGGCGGAGGCAGUCGAGGCCCCAAAAUCUUCAACCCGGGCAAAGCGGCAGCCCCUGAUGCCACCGUGGGAAAGUUGGAGAAUGCCAUGGCGAAGGCCCUUGUCGCCAAUCAAGCAAAGAAGGCGACGAGUCCAGCCCAGGCAUAUCCCGACCGUCCGGGCUACGGUACCAUGGGUAGGCCUGUGACUCUUUAUGCAAACUAUCUUUCUCUCACCUCGGUGGGCAAGAAAGUCUUCCGCUACCAUAUCAACCUCCAGGCCGGGCCCGCGGGACGGGAACCAACGGGCAAGAAAGCAAAACAGAUUGUGCGACUGCUGUUGGAAGAGCAUUUCCCGGACAGGCAAGAUCAGAUUGCGACUGACUACCGGGCUACCCUGAUCUCAUGCGUCAAGCUGGAGGAAAAGGUUUAUGAUGUCCGAUACAAGGAUGACCUGGAGGAGGAUUCGUCCGAUGCCUCUGCCAUGCUCAAUAACAAGCCGGAAAUUCUGCAGGCUCUUAACGUGAUCCUCGGUCACUACCCCAAGACGGACUGCUCGACGGUCACGGUGGCUGCGCAGAGACACUACAGCCUAGACACAAACUUCAUGGAGAAGCAAAGUCUAGGUGGUGGUCUCGAAGUUCUCCGCGGUUUCUUCGUCAGCGUACGUGCAGCCACUGCCCGUGUCCUGUUGAACGUUCAAGUGAAGUACCUGGCUUGUUAUGAAGCGGGGGGUUUGAAAAUCGUGAUCGGGUCAUAUCAACGAGGUAACUCAUCGAACACUUACCGUUUGGAGGCUUUCUUGAAGCGGAUGCGAGUCCGGAUCACGCACAUUAUCCGCAAGACCAGCAGUGGGAAGUCUCGUCCACGUAUCAAGGCCAUUGCCGGACUAGCAGCCCGAAAUGAUGGCGCCUCAUCCGCAAACCCACCCAGAGUUCUCCGGCACGGUGCUGGUCCGAACGAGGUUGAAUUCUUCCUGUCGAGCCCCGGUACAUCUUCUGGGCCAUCUAAUGCGCAGCCUGUCGAGUCUCGCAGCGGUGCCAAAGGCAAGAAAGGUAAGAAGGGCCCACCGAAGGCUGGACCUCCACAGCCAGGCCGGUAUGUCACCGUGGCCCAAUUCUUCAAAGAAGAAUAUAACAUCUCAACGGACCCCAAAAUGCCAGUGGUGAAUGUUGGAACUCGUGAGAACCCAGUUUACCUCCCUGUCGAAGUCUGUGAGGUCGAACCCGGCCAGCCAGUCGGCACUAAGCUGUCUCCUAGCCAGACAUCCAACAUGCUUGGCUUCGCUGUCAUCGGUCGGAAUCCGGCAGAGAAUGCUCAGUCAAUUGUCACCAAGGGUGUAGGUGUGCUGGGAGUCGGCCAGCCACUGAAUGCAACUCUAUCUGCUUUCGGCAUCAAAGUGUCCAACGAGCUCCUCACCGUACAAGGCCGCAUCCUGCCCGCGCCACGCGUGCUUUACGCUAAGCAAAAGCAGAUCACGACUAUGAAUGGCAGCUGGAAUAUGCGUGAAAUUAAGUUUUCUAAGCCUGUCACUAUGAAGAAGUGGGCGUACCUUUAUGUCAAUCAUAAUUCCGCACGCAAAGGCUUCCAAAACGACAACCACCUGAGGGAGUGCCUCGGUGAAUUUCCCGAGGUUCUCCAGAGUAUGGGGGUCGAUGCUGCGGCUCCUUCAACUGGCACAUACGUUGAGCUCAAUGGCCAUGACGACGCCUUCAAAAUUGAAGAAGCUGUGCGCCACCUGCAACAAUCACAACCACAGCUAAUCCUUGGCAUCCUUUACGCUAAGGACACCCAAGUCUACAACAUCAUUAAACAAGUAUGCGAUGUCCGUUGCGGAGUGCGCAACGUCAAUGUGCAGGUAGAUAAGGUUUUGAGCGCAAAGCCGCAAUACUGGGCCAACGUCGGGCUCAAGAUCAACCUCAAACUCGGCGGGUGCAACCAAGCUCUCCGCAACUCAGAUCUAGGCAUCUUUGCCAAUGGCAAAACCAUGCUUGUCGGCAUCGAUGUCACUCACCCAUCCCCUGGCUCAUCGCACUCCGCGCCCAGCGUCGCAGGCAUCGUCGCCUCAGUCGAUGCCCAGCUUGCCCAGUGGCCGGCCGCCAUUCGUGUCCAAGCUGCACGUCAGGAAAUGGUUGCUGAUCUAGACGCCCUGCUCCAAUCGCGUCUCAAGCUCUGGGCCGCUCGCAAUCAGGGCAAGUACCCUGAGAACAUUGUCAUCUACCGCGAUGGUGUCUCCGAAGGCCAGUACGACUUGGUAAUUGACAAGGAGCUGCCCCUCCUUAAGGCCGCCUGUCGUGCACUAUACCCUGCAAGCGACACAAAGAACAGUCUGCCACGCCUGGCAAUCAUCGUUGUCGGCAAGCGCCACAACACUCGCUUCUACCCCACCUCCGAAGACACAGCUGACCGGUCCAUGAACCCCGUCGCCGGCACCGUCGUCGACCGCGGCAUCUCCGAGGCCCGCCACUGGGACUUCUAUCUUCAAGCGCACGCCGCUCUGCAAGGCACCGCUCGUCCCGCCCACUACUUCACCGUCUGGGAUGAGAUCUUCGCCCCACUGCACCCAGGCACCACCCCCGGCGCGGGCGCUGCCGACAAGCUACAGGACCUUACGCACAAGAUGUGCUACCUGUUCGGUCGCGCCACAAAGGCAGUCAGCGUAUGCCCCCCAGCAUACUACGCCGACUUGGUCUGCACCCGGGCUCGCUGUUACCUGAGCGACCUGUUUGAUCCAUCGCCCGAUGCCACGCCCGCGGGCAGUGUGUUAAGCGGCGCUGGAGGUGGCCGUAUUCCAGAGCAGCAGCAGACGGAUAUUCAUGCUAGUGUGCGGGAUACGAUGUUUUACAUCUAG